AUGGACUACAGCACAAUAGGGCCUGGGCCCGCCGGUUACACGAUAAAGUCUCAUCUGGGAGAGGCUCCUGCGUGGUCCUUGAAAGGUAGGCACCCGCAGAAAGGUGAGAACAUUGGGCCAGGACCAGGGGCCUAUCGCGAUCACGAGGGGCCACGAGGCCCGGCAUUUUCCUUCUCGGGGCGAGAAGGGGUUGAAUAUGCGAAUAUCAGCCCCGGUCCUGCAGCUUAUUCUCAGAAUGUGCGACCAAUCAAACCCCAGUCUCCCUCAUUUUCACUCCGGAGCCGGACGACUAUUCGCGGCGGCAACGAAAACCCAGGACCAGGGGCAUAUGAGCAAAAUGUCGACCCUAUUAAGGAACGUGCCCCAGCGUCGAGUUUGAGGAGCCGUGUUGGCGCUGAUAUCAUUAACACAAACCCUGGUCCCGGGGCGUACAACCAAGACAUCAGGCCAACUAAGGCAUCUGCGCCGUCUUACUCUCUGUCAGGACGUCCAGAGAAUGCUGCCAUAGACACAAUCCCCGGACCAGGCGCAUAUAGCAUUGCGACCCACCUUUCCGGACCUGCGUCUACUCUCAAGGGUAGAACAUCCACGCAUACGCCCGACAACUACCCAGGUCCAGGAGCAUAUGAGCAGGAUGUACGGGCCGUUAAGCCGGCGCUGCCUGCGUUUUCGUUGCGAAGCCGGCAUGGACCAGAGAGCACAAACAUCAAUCCGGGUCCAGGUACCUAUGAACAGGAUGUGUCCCAGAUCAAACCAGCGGCUCCCGCUUAUUCCCUCUCUGGCAAGAACGUCAAUCUCCUAAAGAAUACCAACCCGGGUCCUGGGACAUAUGAGCAUACUAAGUUCAGCUCUGUAAAAGAACGGGGUCCUGCUUACAGCCUUUCUGGCCGGACUCUCAUCGGACGCGUCACUGUAACUCCUGGUCCCGGUGCAUACAAUGACGACAAGUACUACAGGUUGGGCGCUCAUGGACCUGCGAUUAGUAUAGGCACAAAGUAUAGAACACGCAGAACGCAUGCUAGCCCCGGGCCAGGGGACUACGAAAUCGCUCUGUCGCACAGCGUGCCAUCAUUCAAACUCUUGGCACAAGGGCAUGGCAAUAGGGUUCAGCAGUCGACACCUGGGUUUUAUAAGCUGCCCUCUACACUCGGCGGACCAGCCUUUUCUAUGUCUAGCAGAACAAAGAUGAAGUAUUAUUGA